GCGAAUUCUACACAGGGACAGAACAAAAGUUGUAGUUGCAGAAGUUCACUGAGCAAGACUCAGAUUAUCUGGACUGUAUAUGUGUACCUCUGUGUGUAACUCCGCAUACAGCCAUGGGAAAUGCAGCUGGAAGUCUGGAGAUGACACCCGGGCGGGAUGUCAGACGACCCCUCAGCACUUACGGGCACAAACAGCCACCAGCCCCUAAACUGCCCCCACCACCUGAGGAGGAAUUAGAGGAGAGGUUCAACAUUGUGUUGAAUUCCAUGAAUCUUCCACCUGAUAAAGUGAAGCUGCUCUGUCAGUACGACAAUGAGAAGAAAUGGGAGUUAGUUUGUGACCAGGAGCGAUUUCAGGUGAAGAAUCCUCCAUCAGUGUACAUUCAGAAACUUAAGAGUGUUUUAGAGCAGGGAGGAGGCAGAAAGUUUAAAAGGCGAGUCCAAGAAUCUACACAAGUUCUGAGAGAGCUGGAGAUCUCGUUGCGCACCAAUCACAUUGGGUGGGCUGAGGAGUUUCUAAAUGAAGAAAACAAGGGUUUAGAAGUGCUAGUGGACUACCUCUCUUUCGCUCAACAGGCAGUCACAUAUGACAUGGACAGCUCUGAUAAUGGAAGCUUUGAGGAGAAAUCUAUGGAAGAUCUGACUACGAGUGCGACAAACUCCCCCACCCACAAUUCCCCACGCUCAGGACGGUCCUUCACCACAAGGAAAGCUCUGAGAUACUCACGUCUGCUCAGCCAGAAGAACCACCUGCAUCUCUGCAUCUUGUGCCUUCGCGCCAUCAUGAACUACCAGUUAGGGUUUAAUCAGGUGAUGGUUCAUCCCAGCUGUGUCAAUGAAAUCACUCUCAGUCUCAACAACAAGAGUGCUAGGACAAAAGCACUGGUUCUGGAGCUCCUUGCUGCUGUGUGUCUGGUUCGAGGAGGUCACGAAAUUAUUAUUGCAGCCUUCAAUAAUUUCAAAGAGGUGUCCGGAGAGAAAAACAGAUUCGAAAAACUAAUGGAAUAUUUCAGAAAUGAAGACAGCAACAUUGAUUUCAUGGUGGCUUGUAUGCAGUUUAUCAACAUUGUAGUGCACUCAGUGGAGAACAUGAACUUCAGAGUGUAUUUACAGUACGAGUUUACACAACUGGGACUAGACAGCUAUCUAGAGAAGUUAAACACCACUGAGAGUGAGAGGCUGCAGCUGCAGAUUCAAGCGUACCUGGAUAAUGUGUUUGAUGUCGGAGCGAUGCUAGAGGACGCAGAGGCCAAAAAUACAAUAAUGGAACAUCUAGAGGAGCUACAAGAACAAAACACACAGCUUAAUACUAGACUGCAGCAGUGUGAGAGUGAAGCUGUGGAGAAGAUGUCUGAAUUCGAGAAACAACUUAUAGAGAGUAUGAAAGAGGUGGAGGUUCUGAAGGGCAGUCUGAAGGAGGCGCAUGCUCAAGUCUCUCAGCUGCAGCAGAAGGAGAAAGAGAGAGAGACACGCAGUGAGAAAGAGCAGGAGCGAGAGAGAGACAGACAGCACUCUGAGCUGGAGAAGAUGCUUCAGGUUCUAGUGGAUCGAGGUCUGAUCCGCAUGGAGAGAUCUGAAUCUGGCUCUCUGGAUUUACACAUUAUACCAGCCGCUAACACAACAGAUAAGAGUACAACAGAAAUUAAGGCCUCACCUGCGAUGCAGUCUCCGCCCCCUCCUCCUGCUCCCGCCCCUCCACCACCUCCUCCUCCGCCCCCUAUGAGCACAGCUCCGCCCCCUUCACCUUUACCUGGAAGGGCAGGAACAGUAAAGACAGGUGUAAAAGGUAAGAAGCCAAUCAAGACAAAGUAUCGUAUGCCACUGCUUAACUGGCAGGCUCUAAUGGAGGAACAGGUGGCUGGCACCGUCUUCACAGAGCUGGAUGACGAAAGUGUGCUUGGGGAGUUGAAUAUGGACAUCUUUGAGGAGUUGUUUAAAACUAAAGCUCAGUCUGCUCCAGUUGACGUCGGCACUCUGAAGGUGAAAGUGGCUCAUAAAGCAUCUAGUAAAAUCUCACUACUGGAGCCCAACAGGGCCAAAAACCUCGCCAUCACACUGCGCAAAGGAGGCAUGAGCACCGCUCAGAUCUGCACUGCGAUACAAACGUAUAAUCUUGAUUUGCUAAACUCAGAUUUUCUGGAGCUGCUGGAGCGUUUUAUCCCAUCUGAUUAUGAGCUCAAAUUGAUUCAGAAUUACGAGCGUGAAGGACGCCCCCUGCUGGAGCUGUCAGAGGAGGACAGAUUCAUGGUGGCCUUCAGCAAAAUCCCACGUCUGUCACAGAGAAUCAGCACGCUAACAUUCAUGGGAAACUUCAGCGAUAGCAUCCAACUAUUAAAACCUCAAUUAAAUGCCAUCAUCGCUUCUUCUGUGUCUAUCAAAUCAUCCAGCAAACUGAAGAAGAUUUUAGAGAUCAUUCUAGCAUUUGGGAAUUACAUGAACAGUGGGAAGAGAGGAUCAGCAUAUGGAUUUCGACUCCAAAGUCUGGAUUUGCUUCUGGACAUGAAAUCCACAGAUCGAAGACAGACACUUCUGCAUUUCAUCGUCAGCAUCAUACAAGAAAAAUACCCUCAACUGCACAACUUUCACACUGAACUACACUUUCUGGACAAAGCUGCGCUGGUCUCUCUGGACAGCAUCCUUGCAGACGUGCAAUCUCUGGAGAAGGGAAUGGAAGUGGUCCGUAAGGAGUUCCAGCAACAGAAAGACAGUACUGUCCUCAAAAACUUCAUGUCUAAUAAUGGCAGUCUGCUGGAAACUGUGGUUAAAGACAGCAAAACUGCACAGGAGGUGUAUCACUCAGUGGUGGAGUAUUUCGGAGAGAAUCCCAAAUCCACACCCCCUUCUGUGUUCUUCCCUGUUUUCGCCAGGUUCAUUAAAGCAUAUAAGCUGGCCGAAGAGGAGAACAAACAGCGGAAGAAAUGCUCUGAGAAUGAGGACAGCGUAUAUUUAUCCAUCUCUGACCCUCCCAUCACAUCAGUGAGUAAUAAGAUGCCUGCACUGCCACACUUACCACAGGUGGAUCUGAUCGCAGAGCUGAAGCGCAGGCAGAUGUCGCCGCUCGUGAGAGAGGGCAAAGAUGGAGCCAUUGAGGACAUCAUCACAGCUCUGCAGGCGGUGCCGUUUACGGCCCGUUCUGGGAAGCGCUCGUCUCGUCUGCUCUGUGAUUCGGGUUUCUGCGAUGGGAGUUCUUUAUAACCGUCUCUGCUUUCCUCUCUUCUGUCUCUGAAGGUUUGAGGAACCAGCCGUACAUCAGAGCAGACGGAGGCAGACGAAGCGCCAAAUGGAAACCAGCUCAGCAGCUUCCCGUGUCGUCAGACAUCUCUCUGUGAAACACACAACUCGAAGGUUUCCCAGAUGAACGGACACAACUAAUGAAGCCAAAAACAGUUUACAUAAAUAUUUAAACAGCUACAUUAAGCUCUCAAACUAUUUAUUUUCAAUUUAGCAAACACUUUUAGGGUAAACUCAAGAAACCCGUCAAGAACGUCCUUUUAUAUUUCACAUUUUGCCUAAAAUUAUUUAAUUAUUUGAAUAAUAUCAUUGAAAGAAUUUGACUUUUUUAGUUUUAUUGUGAUUUUAGGGUGAAAUAUGGCAUAUUCUUGACAGGUUUUGUAAGAUUGACCCUUUAACAACUGGAUUUUCUGCUAAAUUUUACAUUUAGACACUUUAUGUUGAUAUUCACAUGAUUGUACGCUUACACCAACUACUGAAAACUAGCUUUGUCUAGUAUGUAUAUAUUUAUUUUUUUCAUACAAAUCAAUCUUUUUCUUUCUACAUGCAGUAUGUAUUACAUAAUAAAGAUUUUAUACUAGAAAACUGGCGGUUUACAAUUAAAAAUUACAGCAUUUCUGGAUUCAAAAUUAGUGCACAAGACUGUAGUAGAAGAUAUCCACUUUAAUAGUCACAAAAACAGCACAAGAACAUUCAAAACCAACAGUCUCUUGUACAUACAGAACCAGACGAGGUUUUUCAACAUUAAAACAACUUUUGCAUUAUAACAUUUCCAUGUAGAUAUAUUUCUAUUGGUCAACAUUGCAUUCACACUUUGUUAUUGUUUUAUCACAAGAAGUUGUCGAUAGAUUUAUAUACAUUCUAUAUGUUGCAUUAAUGAAAAAUGGGGGUUAUUUUUUCUGACAUGUUAAAUCACCAAAGAGGUUUGGAAUGCUUGAAUGGUUUGUUACAGAUUAGACAACAGUGAAAAGGAUCUGAUUGACCCGUCUACUCACAUAGAACUAUAUUUAUUUA